AUGGCUGCAUCAAAAUACUUGCUUGUUAACAGGCGUUGUCUGAGUCUGUGGAUUGGUAACAGUAACAGGGUUUCUUUAGCCAGAUUUCACCGUUUUCUUGAUGUGAACAGUCACAAAGUAGAGAGGACGAUAGAAGGAAUACAUGAAAAAUUGAUAGUUCAUUCUGACCUUGGAAAAGCUGCAAGCUGGAAAAGACUUACAGAAAAAUUUCUGAACUCACCACUCCCAAAUGUUGAAGAAACAAAGACAGAUACACACUAUGCCAUACUGUCUCUUCUGUUGUGUUUGUCUGAUUCUCCAUCCAACACCACCUAUGUGGAAAAACCAAGAGUCAAAGAAGUGGAUUCCUUUUUGAAUGAUCUCUGCACAUUCCCUCGGCGGUGUUUUGAAUGCACUUUCAGCCCAUUCCAGGAAUGUGAAUAUGAAGAGGUUAUCUCAAACAACACUAAUUACAAAAAGGAAGAAGAAUUUGAUUGGGGAAAGUAUUUGAUGGAAGGAGAAGAAAUUUACUUUGGCCCUGGCAUAGAUACACCAGAUUGGUCUGGAGAAAGUGAAGAGGAGGAAGACACUCAGCCUUUGAGCAGGGAGGACUCGGGUAUUCAGGUAGACAGAACACCUUUAGAAGACCAAGAUCCAAAUAAGAAAACAGUACCUAAUGUUUCCUGGAAAGUGGGUGAACCUGAUGCCCGCAGCUGGCUGGAGCAGCAUGUAGUUCCUCAGUACUGGACAGGAAGAGCUCCUCGCUUUUCACAUAGUUUGCACUUGCAUUCCAACCUGGCUGCAGUCUGGGACCACCACUUGUACACUAGUGAUCCUUUAUAUGUGCCAGAAGAGAGAACACUAGUCACUGAAACUCAGGUUAUACGGGAAACUCUUUGGCUACUUUCAGGAGUGAAAAAGCUUUUUAUAUUUCAGCUGAACGACGGAAAAGUGGCUGUGCGGAAUGAUAUUAUUGUAACUCAUUUAACCCAUAAUUGCCUGAGAUCUGUAUUGGAGCAGAUAGCAGCAUAUGGUCAAGUUGUGUUUAGACUGCAGAAGUUUAUUGAUGAAGUGAUGGGACACAGCCCAGAAAACAUAAUCCAUGGAACUGUUUCCACUCCAAAGAAAACUACUGAAGCCCCAUUCAGAACCUAUCAAGCUUUUAUGUGGGCCUUAUAUAAAUAUUUCAUUAGCUUUAAAGAGGAACUUACUGAAAUUGAAAAAUGCAUAAUCAACAAAGAUAAAACAGUCACACUUUCAAUAGUAAUAGAUAAGUUGGCUCCCCGGCUGGCACAGCUGAAGGUACUUCACAAAGUUUUCAGCACAGGAGUAGCAGAAGUGCCACCUGACACUAGAAAUGUUGUACGAGCAUCUCAUCUGCUUAAUACUCUCUACAAAGCUAUUCUUGAAUAUGACAGUGUUGGAGAAGCAUCUGAGCAAACGUUAGUAUCCCUUCUGUUCUCUCUCUGGGUUGAAACUGUGAGGCCAUACUUACAGACAGUGGAUGAGUGGAUAGUCCAUGGUAAUUUGUUUGAUCCUGCAAAGGAAUUUAUCAUUCAGAGAAACAAAAAUGUUCCAGUUAAUCACAGGGAUUUUUGGUAUGCUACCUACACAUUAUAUAGUGUGUCAGAGAAGACGGAGAAUGAAGAGAAGAUGAGUGAUAAUGCCAGUGCCAGUUCUGGCAGUGAUCAGGCACCUUCAAGCAGGCAACACACUAUGGUCUCUUUUCUGAAACCUGUGCUAAAGCAAAUCAUCAUGGCUGGAAAAUCCAUGCAGCUGUUGAAGAAUCUUCAGUGCAAAGAUGGCUCUCCACAGCAAGCUGCCUCAAGAGAUGCUGAACGAAAGAGUUUGUAUACGCUGUUCUUGGAGUCGGUGCAGUCUCGCCUGCGGCAUGGGGAAGAGUCUGUUCCAGAUAUUAUUACAGAACAGCAGGCCACCAAGCAGAGCCUGAUAAAGAUGCAGUCUAUAGCAGAAAGACACUUGGAACUGGAUGACGUCCAUGACCCGCUGCUGGCUAUUAAUUUUGCCAGAUUAUAUUUGGAACAGAGUGACUUCCAUGAGAAGUUUACUGGUGGGGAUGUUUGUGUGGAUAGAUCCUCAGAAUCAGUGACCUGCCAAACUUUUGAACUGACAUUGAGGUCUUGCCUUUAUCCACACAUAGACAAGCAAUACUUGGAAUGCUGUGGUAAUCUAAUGCAAACUUUAAAGAAGGAUUAUAGGCUUGUAGAAUAUUUGCAGGCAAUGAGAAACUUUUUCUUACUUGAAGCUGGAGAUACCAUGUAUGACUUCUAUACAUCUAUUUUUGACAAAAUAAGAGAAAAGGAAACUUGGCAGAAUGUUGCCUUCUUAAAUAUUCAACUUCAAGAAGCAGUUGGGCAACGCUAUCCAGAGGACAGUUCAAGGUUGUCUAUAUCAUUUGAAAGUGUUGAUACAGCAAAGAAGAAACUCCCUGUCCACACCUUAGAUGGUUUGACAUUGAGUUACAAGGUUCCUUGGCCUGUGGAUAUAGUUAUAAGCUUAGAAUGCCAGAAAAUUUACAGUCAAGUUUUUCUGCUCUUACUGCAAAUAAAGUGGGCCAAAUAUAGUCUAGAUGUUUUACGAUUUGAUGAGCUAGUCUGUGCUGCAGAAAGCCCACAUGCUAAGGACGGACCUUCACUAGAACAAGGAACGCUUCCUCUAUUUGGACCUCAAACAGAAAGUAUAAAACAACAAAUACAUCGCAUGUUCCUCUUAAGAGUGAAACUUAUGCAUUUUGUUAACAGCCUGCACAACUACAUCAUGACUAGGAUUCUUCAUAGUACAGGCUUGGAGUUUCAGCAUCAGGUAGAAGAAGCCAAAGAUUUAGAUCAAUUGAUAAAGAUUCAUUACAGGUAUCUAUCUACAAUCCAUGAUCGCUGUCUACUGAGAGAAAAGGUGAGCUUUGUGAAAGAAGCUAUAAUGAAAGUGUUAAAUUUAGUACUGAUGUUUGCAGACCGUUGGCAGGCUGGUUUAGGGGCUUGGAAGAUGGAAUCCAUAGAGAAGAUGGAAUCUGAUUUUAAAAACUGUCACAUGUUUCUUGUAACUGUUCUCAACAAAGCUGUCUGUCGAGGCUCUUUUCCUCACCUGGAAUCUUUAGCUUUGUCACUGAUGGCUGGCAUGGAACAAAGUUAACACCUGAAUCCAUUGAAUUACUAAAGAACUGAAAGCAGCAUUUACGUUGAAAUUCCCUUAUUAAAAAAACCUGUAAGCAUUUUACACUCCAGUUUGAAAUGUAUAUGGCUAAAUGACACUGAUGGUUUGGAGCUGUGUACAAUAUUUAAAAAUGUAAAUAAUGUACAGGUAUUUAAAUGUAUUAGUUGUGGCAGCAUUUUUGUCUGUAUGUAUAUGCUUCAACAUAAAAAAAACCAUGUACAGUCUAAAAUUCAUCCUGUGUAAACAAUCUUACUUGAAAAUACAUAAAAUGUAUUUC